AUGGACAUGUUAGCUAAACAUCUCUCCCAGAUCGCGACUUCUUUGAGUGAGAUGCGCGGGAACGAAGGAAGAAUUCCUGCCUCGGUAAAACCACCAGAUAGGGCAAAUAUCAGCCAGAUAACCCUGAGAUCGGAGCGAGGAUAUGAUGGGCCAAGUGUGAAGAAAGAUGGAGAGUCCAUUAUUACUCCAUUGGAAAAGGAAACCGGAAUAGGGGAAGCUAAAACAGGGAAAACUGAAACAGGGGAGGUCGGAACAGGGAAUGCCAACCAGAAUACAGACAGUGAGAAAGCAGUACCCAGGACAGCUGAUCAACAUCCCCUAGGUCCAGGAGUUGAACCAGAGAUAGAAGAAAUCAACAUAGAAACUGGAGAAUCUUCCAAGGGAAACGUUAGCAAUAGUGAGAGGCAAAUGAAACCCUUUCCCCACCGAGGUGAACCUAGGAAGAAGAAGGAAGACCCAGCGGACUUUAUGGAAAUUUUUGGGAAGUUGAAAAUUAACCUACCGUUUCUUCAGGCUCUUAAGCUGCCCAUCUUUAGUAAGUUUAUCAAGGAGUUUAUAGCUAGGAAGACCAAACCCCGUGGUAAGAUCGUGAUUGGGGAAACUGUGUCGGCUGUGAUCCAGAAGAGAAGAAUGCCUUCUAAGCGUACAGACCCAGGUAUGUUCACUCUCCCUAUCUCAAUUGGGAACAUUAAUGUUGAGCAUUCCAUGUGUGACUUAGGUGCUUCGAUAAUUGUUUUACCGCUUUCGCUUUAUAAGAAAUUGGAGGGAGUAAGGAUGGUGGAUACGAAGGUGGCAAUUCAGUUAGCUAAUAGGUCAUGCAUCAGUCCUGAGGGCGUCUUAGAGAAUGUGAUCAUUAAGGUGCAUGAUUUUCUGUAUCCUGCUGAUUUCUAUGUAAUUAAGAUGAGUGAGUACCAGUCUGCUGAGUCUAGCGGAGUGCUUUUAGGAAGACCAUUUCUACGCACCGCCAAGACAAUCAUUGAUGUGUUUGAUGGAACCAUUUGUCUAGAUUAUCAUGGAGAGAAGUUUACUUUUAACAUUGAUGAGGCUAUGAAAAAACCAUUGGAUAUAGAGAAUAUGCAUGUUGUAGAUGUAAUUAAUCCUCUGGUCCAAGAAUUUCUUGAAACAGAGUUGAUGCAUGAACAGGUGGAAAAUUCAGAGUUGAGUCACUCCAUUGACAGGGAAGUGGCCAGUUGGUGUGAAGCAGUCAACACACUGGGAAUGACUGAUGAAGAAUUAACAGAAGCAAUUCUGGAGUUUUGUGAAAGUCCAGAUUUUUCCGGUCUAAGGAAUUAG